AUGGCGCCAACUGAGGACAAGGUUGCGCCCGAGGAGAGCGAGCACAAUUUUGGUGACGGCGUGGACAGAAACACCUUUGACCAGAUUCUCGAGAUGGACGAGGAAGGGGAUCACGACUUUAGCUCCUCGAUCGUUUUUGGAUUCUUUGAACAGGCUCAAGAGACGUUCAAGUCUAUGGACGAGGCGCUGGAGGAAGAGGAACUCGAGAAGCUGUCUCAACUAGGUCACUUCCUCAAAGGGUCGUCGGCGACGCUGGGCUUGGUCAAGGUGCGCGACGGAUGCGAAAAGAUUCAACGGUACGGCAAGAACGAGAACGAGGACGGAACCGCGGAGCCCGACUCAAAAGUAUGUCUGAAGCGCAUCACUCAGGCGCUGGAGGUGGUCAAGGCGGACUACAAGGUUGUCGAGAAGGCUCUUAGGGAGUUUUACGAGGGCAAAAAGGACAAGAGCGACGAGGCCUAG